AAUACCUCAUUCAUUUACAAUACCCAUUACUCCAAAUUUCCCUAUUCAAUUUCCCUCUUUUGAAAAAUGGAGUCCUCCUCUAAGCUCACAGCUCUCCUCCUCAUUUCCAUGCUUUUCAUUUCCACAGUCACCCCUAUUCUUGGCUGUGGAACCUGUGGAAAGCCCCCCAAGAAGCAUAAGCCCAGAGGUAAGCACCCCAAAGGGCCUAUUACCGUCCCACCCAUUGUCAAACCCCCGGUAACCCUACCGCCGAUCGUGAAGCCCCCGGUAAUCCUACCUCCGAUCGUGAAGCCACCGAUAACACUACCACCUGUGAUCGUCCCUCCCAUCAAGCCACCUGUGACCCUGCCGCCAGUCAUCCUCCCUCCAAUCAAGCCACCGGUGACCCUGCCGCCAGUGCCACUACUCCCUCCGGUGAUAGGCCCUCCAGUGACUAACCCGCCGAUAGUUAAGCCUUGCCCACCACCACCACCGGCCAACACCUGCCCUAUCGACACCCUUAAGCUUGGAGCAUGCGUGGAUCUUCUGGGUGGGCUGGUGCACAUCGGGCUGGGCGACCCGGUCGCGAACGAGUGCUGCCCGGUGCUAGCAGGGCUGGUGGAGCUUGAAGCUGCAGUGUGUCUGUGCACAACUCUCAAGCUCAAAGUUCUCAACCUCAACAUCUUCCUUCCACUUGCUCUUCAGCUCCUUAUCACUUGUGGGAAGACUCCCCCUCCUGGCUUCACUUGCUCUCUCUAGAUCUUGUCAGUUCAAUGUUGCUAGCUUGAUGGGUAUGGACAGAUGAAAAUCGACAUGAGAGGAUGUCAAGAAUCUCUCCAAUCUCUCUCUCUCUCUCUCUCUCUCUCUCUCUCUCUCUCUCUCUUGAUUGGAACUUCUGAUAUUUGGAUUUAUUGUACACCAUUUUGUUUCUGCAAAAUUAUUUUCAUGUGUGUUUUGUGAUUUUGUUGUUGGCAAGAAGGCAAUCAAUCAAGCUUUUCUUUUCAAA